AUGCCGGCGGGCGGCGGGGCGGCGCGGGGCCCCGGCGGGGCGCGCUCGCUCAGCCCCACCGCGCUGUCCCGCAGCCUGUCCCGCCUGCGCGAGCAGCGCGCCCGCUCGCGGGCCAUGCUGGCCCUGGGGGUCACGCAGAUGGUGCUCGGCUGCCUCAUCGUGGCCGUCAGCUUCGCCGCCCUGGCUCUCACCACCUCGGCCCGCGUCCGCCACUCCUGCCCGUUCUGGGCCGGCUUCUCGGUGCUGUUGUCCGGAUUGAUUGGUGUUGUUUCUUGGAAGAGACCACUUUCACUUGUGAUCACCUUUUUCAUGCUGCUGUCUGCAGUGUGUGUCAUGCUGAACUUGGCCGGCUCCAUCCUCUCCUGCCAGAACGCUCAGCUGGUGAAGUCCCUGGAAGGCUGUCAGCUGAUUAAAUUCGACAGUGACGGUGUCUGUGUUUGCUGUGAAAUGCAGCACCAAACAUCAGGGUGCAGUAACUUGGGAGAAACCCUGAAGCUGAACCCUCUGCAGGAGUGUAACGCAGUAAGGCUGACCCUAAAGGACCUGUUGUUCAGUGUGUGCGCUCUCAAUAUCAUCUCCACCAUUGUCUGUGCUUUGGCAACAGCAAUGUGUUGCAUGCAGAUGGUUUCUUCUGAUCUUCUGCAAAUGUUUCUGCCACAGAGGCCGCAUUCUACCAAUCCUGACUGCAUGACUCCACACGGGACUGUCCUGCAUCAAACCUUGGAUUUUGAUGAGUUCAUACCACCAAUCCCACCUCCACCCUACUACCCCCCAGAAUACACCUGCACACCAGUGGUAGAGGCACAGAGAGGUCUCCAUUUGGACUUUCCUCAUUCCCCGUUCGGUGCUUUGUACGAAGUAACUAUUAAUAGCCCGGGAAUGCUGUAUCCAAGUGAACUGCCCCCUCCUUAUGAGGCAGUGAUGGGAGAGAUGCCUGCCAGUCAGGUCUCUGGUACCGCCCAGCAAGUGUCUGACUCAGCCCUGGGGGAGAGGAACGUGACCCCGGACUUCAGCACACAAGUUUCUGUUGAGAGCACCUCUCUGUUGGUCUCUGAGGCUGUUGAUAUCCCCGACCACAGCUACUCCUCUGAAGAUCUUUGUUCGCUGGAAGUUCAAGGAUCUCUCCACUCUGCAGAUCUUUCUCCCUACUGUAUAACCCCCAAAGGGGCUGCAGACCAGAGCUGCAGCCCCCUGGAUUACCACACUCACUGCAGGUUCCACAGAACUCGCUCAGAGGGUUUUCCUGAGGAUGACAGUUCCCACAACCGAGCCUCCACAGACAGGGCUCACAGACAGGAAAAGAACUGUGCCCAUGGCAGACCCUUGGACUGUUCCUCAGGGAAUUACAGCCCCUCAGAAAGAGAACUGCAGAGUUCUGCUCAAGAGAGCAAUGCCACGGCAUCUUUGAAGCAAAAGAAAACCUGCUGUGUGGACUUCAGCCAGCCUGUCCCUUUGCAGACCUCUCCCUGUUUUGGGCCUGCAAAUACUUCAUCAUACACAAGUGGCCAUGAGACUGCUGUGCGGCAGCACAUUAGAAAACACCCAAUUUCAAACAUAGUCAGAUCAAACAGUGCCCCCGUGUCAUGGUCGUUUGUGACAGAAGGUGAUAAUUGUGCCUGGACUCCUGUAUGCAGCCAGUGUCAAGAUGCAGGAUUAUCUCCAGCUACAGUAGAAACAGUUGCUGUUUCUGGUUCUCAUAUGGCUGCCUCUGCCUGUCAGCAUUCUUUGAGCAGUUUCCUAUCAACUGGAAAACAGAGGGAUACACGGAAAAUUGACCUGCACCUAAAGCCAAAGGCUUUUCACACAGUCUCAAAAGAGCGGCCACACUCCUUAGUGGACCUUAAGGCCUAUAAAGACACAAAAAUUUUAGUGGCAAAAUUUUUGGAACAUUCAAACUGUAAUCUCCCUCCAGAAGUACGUCACGUAGUGAACAGCAUCCGCUCAGUAAUUAAAUCUGAUGAGAGACACAUGGAAGAAGCCAUCUUCAGUGCCAAUAUUAUAGACCAGGUCAUUACGAGUUCCCAGCAGAAUGUGAAAACCUGCAGAAAGCACCUUCGGGAAGAUCUUCACCUGCAGAGCUGUGGUGCUCUGAGCUCGCCAGUUGCCUUCUCACGUAGGUCUCACAUCUCCCGAAGUUUAGAGCGGGACAGGCCCCACAGUUUAAUUGGAGUUUGCCGGGAGACCAUCCUUUGAUAACAUUCACAGGUAUGUGAUUCCAGCAGAGAGAACUGUGGAAGAAACCAGGACUGGGAGAAAUACAAAUAGUGGACGACUUAAAAAGGAAAAAGUGUCUUUCCUUGGAAUUCCACUUCUUUCCAACAGCAGGAUGAGAACAACUGUUUUUCUGAAUGUAAAUUUCAGCCUUGAUUUUUGCAAAAUUUUAAUUGAUUUAUUAGUUAAGUCAUAACAAGUGUUUUCCCAACUGGAAAUGCAUUUAUGUCACUGUACUUACAGAAAUGCUACUGAUGCUGCCCAGCAUUUCUUGAAAACCAUUGGAAACCCACCAGAGACUGACUGUACAACUUUAAAGUUGUAUUUAUUUAAUGUACCUCAAAGUGUUUUAACUAUUGUCAGUGUUUUAAUAAAAAGUAUUUCUGGACUUUGCUUUUUCAACAACUGAUUUGGAUAGAAAUGUAAAGGGGAUCCACACACACAUAACAGUGCUGCUUCUAAUCCAUUUUCCCAGUGUCCUUCAUUCCAGACUAACUGAUCUGUCAGAUUAGAACUCCUCCCCCCCCCAAUGUUGCCCUCUUAACCUACAGGACUGGCUGCAGUGUGGUUUAUUUUUGCUUUGUUCUGAAUGCCCAUGAGUUUAUUCCAGCAGUAGCAUCUGGUACUG